ACUUAGGCUCGGAGAGGUCCGCGAUGACCAGCAAGACGACUACACUCACACAGCAAACGGGCGAGCUCGAACGCUUUCCCGAUUAUCCGCCACGAGAUGACAUGCAGAACUGGCUCUACCUCUACGAAACCUCCGUCCUGACUUCGCUUGCGAUUCAUUUCGCCGAUGAGCAGAACGUCACGGUGGCGAGCGAGGUUCCGGUCGGUCCCGACCUGCCGGUGCGGGAUGAUGCGCGGAUACCGGACCUGAUGAUGGUGCGCGGCGGCGACCGUGAGCUUAUGGAGGAGCAGAGGGGAUAUGCGAUAGACCGUCAGGGUAAGGCUCCGGACUUCGUGCUUGAAGUGGCGUCUCCGACGACUGGGAGAGUGGACUACACGGACAAGCGAGCGGACUACGAGCGAUUCGGC